UCUCCUGUAGCUUCUCUGCUCUCUCUCUCUCUUCUCUGGUUCGAAGGAGCCAAGCCGUUAGGCCCAAGCAGCAGCGAUUUUGCUUCUUUUUCUUUGAUUUGAAGCACAUCAGAAGGCAACACAGGUGCCACUUAUCCACCAGUGGGAUGCUCAACUACGCAAAAAGUCGCGACUUAGUCUUCACACUACUAGAACAAAUAAUUGUUUGAAAUAAUGGUUCAUAAGUUCCCCACAUCAAUUAUCGGCCAAAGUAUUCUCCCAGCUAGCUCAGAACAUCGUUAAUUGACCAAGUUCUUAGAAUACACACAUAGCCAUUUCAUUGGUCAGUUCUCUGAACAGCAUGGCCUAAUCCUCCCAUAGUCCCAUGUCUUCCCUCCUACCUCUGAUUCUCUGAAAAGCCUCAAUGUCUCUGCCAGCUGUUGCAUGGAGCAUAUCCGUCGCAGGCUGGAUCAUGUCGCCUAUCAUCUCCAAGCUUCUGGACGAAGUCUUGUCCUACUGCAAAUCCAACAAAGCAGAGACACUUCGCCACCUGUUGACGGAUGUGCUCCCUCGACUGACGCUUACUUUAGAAGCAGCAGAGGCCAUGUACCACAGUAAACUAUUUGAGGAGAUGGUGAGGGGUCUCAAAUCAGCUUUCUAUGACAUGGAAGACAUCCUUGAUGAACUGGAGUGCAUUCGUCACAAACAACAACUAGUCGCGCAGAAAAAGUCGGAUAAGAAGAAAAAGGGAAAAAAUAAUGUGGAUGCUGAAGCUGGCCCAUCAAACCAGGACAUUAGUAUUGAAGUGAUUUUGGCUCUUCCGCGAGCUUUAAAUCGUCGUUUGAAGGAUAGCAUGCUCAAGAUAGAAGUCCUCCUUCAUGAAGCACAAAGUAUUAUUCCACUCGCAGAACUCGUCGAGAAAAGCAAGAAGAGAGAAACAAUCCAAAAAGAUGUUUUUUCCAAAGAUAGCAAUAGUUCAGCUCCAAAAGUAAAGGUAACUGGCCGUGAUGUGGAUCGUGGCCAGAUAGCGAAAAUGCUUCUUGAUACAAAAGAUGAUGUUGAUCCAAGCUCAAGUGACAGUAAAUGUUUCUCUGCAAUUGGCAUUUAUGGAAUUUCAGGGUCUGGGAAGACAACCCUUGCACAAUAUGUUUGCAAGUAUGAGGAAAAUCAAAACUAUUUCAACCUUGUUAUGUGGAUUCAUGUUUCUCAGAACUAUAGUACACGUGACAUUUUGAAGGAAAUGUUUGAGGCAGCUUCAACGGAUAAGCAAGCAUGCCCUGAUUACAGUAGCCUUGAUGUCCUGGAAAAAGAAUUGGAGAAGAAACUAGAUGGCAAACGAUUCCUCUUGGUACUAGAUGAUAUCUGGUGCGAUGAGGAUGAUGAUGAGCAGAAGUUAGAGAACUUACUUUCCCCUCUGAAUCGUGGAAAGAAAGGAAGCAAGAUUCUAGCGACAAGUCGCAAUAAAGAUGCAUUUUCAGAUCUAGGUCCUGAUGUGGCAUGUAAGCUUUUUCCAAUAUGUGAUUUGGAUGAUGAUAUCUUCUUGGAACUCUUCAUGUAUUAUGCCCUUGAUAGUAAAAAUCCAGAUGAUUCAGAUCAAAUGGAGCUCAAAAGUAUUGGGGCUAAAAUUGCACCAAAAUUGAAAGGUUCACCUCUGGCAGCCCGUACGGUGGGAGGACAACUACGGAAAAGACAAAACAAUGUUGACUUUUGGAGAAUGACUCUAGAUCGGGACCUUCUGAAUGAGACGAUGGGGGCUGUUUGGUGGAGUUAUCAGCAACUUGAUGAGCAGGUCAGGCGGUGCUUUUCUUACUGCAGUAUUUUUCCCAGAAGACAUAGUUUGGACCGUGAUGAGUUAGUUAAAUUGUGGGUUGCGGAGGGAUUCAUAAAGACUGCUAAUCCAGAGGAGGACCUCGAAAUUGUUGGUCAGCGAUACUUUGACGAGUUAUUGGCAACCUCAUUCAUGCAACCAGGAGAAUCAAAAUACCAUGGAGGCAAGUUGUGGUAUUUUGUUCAUGAUCUUAUGUAUGAUUUGGCAGAGAAGGUGGGAGGGAAUGAUUGCUUCAGAAUCGAGAAUGGCCCGAUAAGACAUGUUUCUCGUGAUGUUCGCUAUCUUUUUGUUAAGAAUGGAGAAAUGGUUACUAAGGAGAUUUUUAAACUGAAAAACUUGCGCACUCUCAUUAUUCAUGAAUCAGGUAAUAAAGUAUUCCUGCAGAAUGUGUUCAAGAAGCUGCAGAAAUUGCGGGUACUGGCUGUAAAAUACACAUAUGAGAAAACCAGGGGAAGAAUAUUGUUUGAAAUCCCAUCAAUUAUUGGUGACUUCAAGCAUCUGCGCCAUCUUGCUUUAAGGUUGCCCCCCAACAGCGAGCUAAUUUUACCAAUAACGUUAACCAAACUUUACCAUCUUCAGGUUUUAAAUUUGAAAGGUUACAGUGAAUUGGAAUUCCCUCCUGAGAUGGAUGUGAGCAAGCUCUCCAAUUUGCGGCAUAUUAGCAUGGAUUCUCGUGGAAUGGCAUUUCCCAACAUUGGCAGGCUAACAUCACUCAAGACAUUAGAACGUUUCAGAGUAAGUAUUGAACAUGGGUAUAAGAUAAAACAGCUGAGGGACCUGAACAAGCUUCAGGGCCGUCUGACGAUUGCAGAUGUUGGUAAUGUUAAAAGCAAGAAUGAAGCACAUGAAGCAAAUCUAGCAGCUAAGACACGACUGGCAGAAUUGAAACUGAUGUGGAACCACCGGUACGAAGGUACGACUCCACCAGAAGUUGAAGCAGAGGUGCUUGAGGGUCUUUGCCCACCCAAGGGUCUUAAAAGUCUGGAAAUCUAUGAGUACCGGGGUCUGACGUACCCAAGUUGGAUGAUGGGUGUGCAGAACGGCGGCCCAAAGUACAUAAAUACACUUCUUCUGGGCAAAUGUUAUCAGUUGGGACCUGCUCCCGAACUAUUUGAGUGUUUCAUUCAUCUUCGUGAGUUAACAAUUUGGGGAAGCUGCUGGGAGUACUUUCCAGACAACGUGAAGGACCUAAAGUGGCUCAAGAGCUUAACAAUUGAGAUAUGCCUGAAUCUUAAAUUGCUUCCAGAACUUCCCCGUUCCCUUGAAAUAUUUACAAUGGUCGAUUGUGAGAGAGGCUUCACGGAGUCAUGCAAACAGGUAGAUCAUCCAAAUUGGCAAAAACUUCAGCACGUUAAAAAUUGUCUUGUUUAUCAUUCUGAUGAGUAAUAUCGGGAAUGAUGGCCACUGGACUUGUCUUGUUUAUUUACUAUGGUUUGUAAUAAUUGGGAUGAUGAACACCUUAUUUUAUGCAUUUCCAAUGGUUUAUAUAUCGUGUAAGGAUUUAUGUUGUUGA